GCGUCGUCGCUUCAUGUAUUCUUCGAGUCCGCUGGUCGGCGUCGUGAUCUACAGCAGAAUAACAACUCAAUAGAGAGCAAAAAUGGCAGCAAGAGGAUUAGCAGCGGAAGCCCUGACAGCUUACAGAGGGCUGCUGAGAGCGACUCGGAAAUCAUUCGCCGGAGAUACCGUGAUGCUCGAGGGGUCUGCGGCCGAGGUGAGGAAGAAAUUUGAGGAGAACCGUCACGUGACCUCUGAACCGGAGAUUCGGAAACUCCUCGACGAGGCACGCGAAGCCUCUGAUUUCAUAUCUAACAUGAUUGUUCAGGCCAAACUCAAUUCCCGCGGCGGCUACGAAGUGAAGCCAAGCAAGGAUCAUGCAGGAGCAACACUCGAAGUCCCUUCUGAAGAAAUUCUUAAAAAUUCUGUCUGAUGAAUAACUACAAAAGCUAGCAAUUAAUUGUUGAUCUAUUUUCCCUAAUUAUACUGAGAGCUCAUAUAUAUAUUUUUGAUUAUGUAAUUCAUCAUAAUUAUGAGAUUUUGUCUUCAUAUAAACUCUUACCUUCUUUCUA